AUGGGUGGGGAGAUAGAAAUAUCUUUAGAAGAGACCAAUAAACUAAGGGCCCAGAUUGGAUUGCCUCCGAUCCCAUCUCCAGGAGAAGGAAACAAAGAACAACGCCAAACGAACAAAGAGAAUGAUAAUUUGGAACCACUAAAUAGCCAUCUCGCGACAUCCAGACCCUUACAUGUAGCUGAAAGGCUUAAACACUCUUCAGAGACUAAUCUGCUUGCAUCUUCAGGUCAAAAUGAAAAGAAGAGUGAUGAUAUAAGCCUCAGACUUCAAGAAGCAAAGGUCAAAUCCAUCAAGAGAAGAAAGCGUACUUCUGAAGUGCCGUUAGAUUUUCAUGAUAAAGAAGUAAAAGAUUACGAUGAAUGGUUGAAUGAUAUUGGGAAACUACAUAAUGAUCAUAAUGUACUGAAUAGUAACCAAUCGAGGACGAAAACGGAGAAUAGAGAUGAGCGUAACCGUCAAGUAUAUAGUGGUGCCGAAGAAAUCCUUACAUUGAAAGAUCAGGGGAUCUUGGAUGAAUCAGAUGAUCAACUCAACGGACACGAGAAUUUCAAGAAAAAAGAAGAGUUAGGGACUAAUAUCGAUAGUAUGAUAAAUAUGGAAAGUUAUAGUGCCAUGAACAACGAUUUAAUUCGAACUAGUGAUGAUACUUCUGAAGAGAAAAAAAAUGAAAGCAUAAGGGUUGAUGAGAAUCCAACCCUGAAAAAGACGAGUGGUUUCUUUGAUGGGGUUGAGGAAAUAGACCCUAUGAGUAUUGACGUUGCCCAACAAAAGAGAGCUCCGGUGAAGAUGAAAAAAUUGAAAAAGAAAUCCCAUAAAAAGAGGCUUCAAUUUGAAACUUCUGAUAUGGAGCUUCAAAAUGUUGAUCUAGAGAAGUUUGAUGAUCCCUUGGAUGAUAACGAGUUGGAGUCAGUACUUUCCGCAAGACGACGAGUAAAUCAUAAAAAACGUAAAAAUUUAACUCCAGAGGAAAUCGCAAGUGAAAUUCGACUGUCACGCAACUGGAACUUACAGAAUGACUUGGAUUCUCUGUCUUACGGAAAGAAUGAGAGGAGCCUUGUUUACGAUCAAACGGAUGAUUUUUUAGAGUCUUUGAAUUUUAAUCCCGUUGCUAGUGGCAAACAAGAUGGCAUCAUAAAGAAACAAGAAGACAAUACCUUGAAUCUUAAGAAAGAAGAUGAUGAUCGCAUUAAUCCGUCUGUAGAAGAAACUGAAGCAUCUCUGGAACCUAAUUUCUCGGGUCUUGGUUCCACGUUGAGUUUUCUACGGUCUCGAAACAUAAUAAAAGAGCCAGACACUCAACUGCUCCAUGAUAAGGAAAUAAGAGUUGCUAAAAGGUCAUCCGAGUUACUAAAAAUUAAAAUUGGAAUAGAAGAAAGGUUGCUCAAAGAGGAGUUAGGAGAUGAUAAGCAGUAUAUGAAAUUGUCCAAGGAUGAACGAGAAAAAAUCUUUAACAGACUUCUUGACGACCGACUUGAAGAAAAGGGUUUGCUAGAGGUACCUCAUCGUACCAAAGGAAAGAAGGAUCUCAAUUCUCUGUUAAGCUCGUAUAAUCCUCUGGUGCAACUAUCGUAUAAGGACGACUCGGGCAAAGAUUUGGGCCAGAAACAAGCUUUUAAGUACUUAUCUCAUAAGUUUCAUGGGUUUGACAGCUCCAAAAAGUCGGACAAAGAUACUAAAGAAAGAGAAGGACAGAAAACCUCAUUAGGACCUUCGAUUUUAUAG